GGUUUCAGCCUUGGCUCCUCCUUUCCCUUUCCCUUCCCUCCCCUUCUCCCACCCCUUGCUGCCAACAGCAGUCAAGCUUGGAAACCGGACUGAAAGCACCGGGCCCCGGACAAAGGAAGAAGCAUUGGGGAGCGACCAUGGCCAAUAGCGGAUGGGGAUUUUUUGAAAACACGUGAUCCAGAGUGUAAACUUCAGGUCUGAUCAGCGAGCCCUUACUACAAAGUCAUCACCUUGUCCUCCCCCGGAUUAAUACCGUGGAUUUGCCCUGCAUCUGACUCCUUUAUUAAAUACCCCAUUGGGACGCUCUCCCACGCAGGUAUGUGGGGGAGGAUGAUCACAGAUUACGGAUCCGGAUUUAACAGCUAUCCCGCAGGCUCUGAUUUCUCCUCGGUGUGGCUCUCUGGCUCUGAUGCACUGUGGCAUUCUUCAGCAGCUUCACCCAGUGGCAGGAUAGGUCACACUCGGAGACUCAGCAUAACAUCUGACAGUGGAGAUACUGGUAUAGGGACAUCUUGCUCUGACAGCCUGGAAGAUCAUCCUACUUCCAGCAGUUCAUCGACAUACAAAAGUACAUACCCCUUGGGCCCCCUGCCUGCAGCACAUGGUAUAACCUCUACUCUCAGGUCUUCACUGUCCAGAACUAGAGAGAACAGGCUGGACUCUUCCUGUUGGAAUAGCAAUUACGCUUUGCCUGGUGGGCACAGACAUUAUGGAUUAUCUACUGAUGCUUCUCUUGAUAUGAAAGACUCAAGACCAAUGAAAAAGUGGUCUUCGUUGUCUAAGCUUAGUGUACCUGAUGGUCUGACUGCGGACAGCCAUGCAGAGAAAGAUGGCUCUAGACAUAGCCUUGAACAUGUUGGUCGAGACAGCACCAUGUCUCAGCACUCUUGCAGGCACCGGACAACCUGCCUACAUCACAGCAUGGAGCAGCUGAAGUUAGAUGAUAAAGACUCAGACAAAAGGCAUUAUAUGGGAAUUGAUUGUAAAUACAAGUACAAUGCCUGUAACAGCAAAACACUUGCUUCUUCAGCUGUAUCAAGUCAAAGACAUACUUUGGACAUGACCUAUAGUGCCUUACCUGAAAGUAAACCAUCUUCUCUUAGUGAACCAUAUGGGCAAAAAUAUAGCCAUUAUGCAUACCAAGGUGGAGUUCCUAUUCAGUCCUCUGUGAGGACUCAGAUGUGGCUCACAGAUCAGCUACAUGCUAAUAUCCAGGACUGCAGGCUGACUGGUGAUACAUGUGUUACAUCUAACUGGCAGCCACAGGAACAUCUUCAACAGGAAACAGCCCAGCCACAGGUGGGGACCUGCUCUUCUCGAACAGCAUGUACAACCAUGCCGUUAAGUCAGGAUGUCUCGAAGUGGGAAUCCCUGAUGAAAAUUAAGGAAGGACUAUUGCGUCAGAAGGAGAUUGUAAUUGACAGGCAGAAGCAGCAGAUCUGUCACCUACAGCAGGCUCUCAGAAGCAAUGAUUCUCAAGCUAACCAGGCCAUCAUGGGUCCUGCUGUGAAUGGAGAAGAUUUUGUUAUGCAUCAUCGCAAGGAAAAUGGUAAAUUUGUACAUCACCCUUCCCAAGAAAGAACAAGGCUACAUUUUACAGAUCAAGAAGAUACAGAGAGGAAACUUGCUUGUGCACAGACAGAAAUUGUUCAGCAUCAUGAGCUUCUGAACCAGAGCACCAGUAAAACCAGUGAAGAUAUCAAGAAGCUUGAGGAGAAGAUUAAAACAAGGGAUAAGUAUAUCAACAGCCUAAGAAAAAAAUGCCAGAAAGAGAGUGAACUAAACCGAGAGAAGCAGAGAAGAAUCGAGACCCUAGAGAAAUAUUUGGCUGACCUGCCUACCCUCGAUGAUGUACAGAAACAGAGUCAGCGGCUGCAGGUAGUUGAAGAAGAGAACAAACAGUUAAAAGAAACCACGAAGAACCUCGAGAAGCUCCUCAGUGAGUCAAGGACUCAGUGUCAAGAAAAAGAAGCCCAGACAGAGUGCCAGAAGCAAAGGGAGAAAGAUCUGGUGAUGACUGUUCAGAGCUUGCAGCAAAAAGUACAGAAAUGUCUUGAGGAUGGUGUACGACUCCCAAUGUUGGAUACCGCACAGAUACAGAAUGAAAAUGACCGUCUCAGAGAGCAGAACGAGCGAGCUAAUAAGGUCAUAGAUAAUCAGCAAAGUCAAAUAGAGAACAUGACGGCAGAAAUUCAGGCAUUGCGGGAGAAACUUUACCAAGAGCAUUUGAUGGCACAGGAGCUCGAAAAGGGGCUAGCAGAGAAAAUGCACUGCACCCGGCAGCUAGAGGAACUUUCUCUCGAAAAGCAAAAAUUAAAAGAAGACAAUGAGUGCAUAAGAGGCCAGAUGGAUAUGCAGAUUUCCAGGCAGCCAUUGUCAGAUAAGAUUCCAGUCGCUGAGCAGCUCUUCAAAGAGAUGUCCCACUGUCUGUUUGACUUGAAAGCACUUUGCAGUAUAUUAAAUCAACGAGUCCGUGGCAAGGAGCCAAACCUUUCCUUAUUACUGGGCAUUGGAUCGUUAAACAGCUCAUUAGAGGAGAAUGAAGCCUGCCACAGCUCGGAGAGUCUAACCAAGAAACUGUCAGAAGCACAUCAGCUACGGAAAGAUAUUGACGAUCUAAGGACAAUGCUGUCGGAUUGCUAUGCUCAGGAUAUGGGAGACAAUUGCAUUACUCAGUGAUUAAUCCAGAUUUAGAUUAAAUGCUGCUUUGUUACAAAUCCCUGCUUUUCUACUUGGGAGCCAUAACAGGAACUGCAUCUUUACUAUGCACAUGAAAUGCUUCUAACCCACUCACUCCCCCUUUUUCCCUGGAGGAAAUACAGAUAUUCUGGAAUACGCUUUUCCUCUUUUCUUAUGGUUUUUAGAUACUGCUGAAUGUUUCCCUUGCUUUGAAUGUAGCGGUGGAUUUUUUUCCUUCAAAAUCCAUUUGCAUUUAUACAUAGAUUUAAAAAAAAAAAAAAAAAAGCCUACAAAAAGUGCUGCAGGUGCAAGAUGUCAAAAGAAUUCCCUCUGCUCCUUUGCGCCCCUUCUUUUAAAUGGCUACAGGAUAAUUGCACAGAAGCGUUCUGCCUUUUCAUUUUAGGAGUGAAUUCUAAGUGUGAUUGAAGUGUGUACAAUUGUGCGAUAGGUGAGGUGAUGUAUAGUGGUGUUUUUUAUGAGAAGUGUAUAGUGGAAAAAACUAAAAAAAAAAAAAAAAAUUAAAUAGUUUUGGAGUAGUUACAAGUAGCAGGAACUAAGUGAAUCAGGCUUUGCUUGCAAAUCGAGUGGUGUUCUACUUUCAGCACGGUGCUUAAAUAAGGUGAAAUAUGCUAAGGGAUCCCAGUUGUUGCUUCUAUAACUUUAAGGUUUAGUAUUAUGAUCAAAUUAUUUGAUAGGAUGCAGAAGCCUGUACAAAGUUGGGUCAUUAGCAGUUGAGGAUUACUAUAUAAUGUGCUUGAUCUCAACCAGAGAAUCUUUCCUCACAAGCAAUAUGUAUCCAUUUGGCACCAGAAAGGUCACCGAAUGCACAGAAUUGGAUUUGACCUCUUAUACCGUAUGCAUGUGUUAUUGUGAGCUAUAGAAUGUCACAAGACCAGCUUUGUGAUUUUUGCUGAGCAACACUUCUCAUUAUUUUAUACCUACCAGGGCUUAGGUACACAAGACUCUGGUCACAAUAGUUACUUAGCAAGAGUUGCAGCAAUCACAAUAACCCUAACUGAGUGUGCUUGUUUGCUUAUGGUCUGUAGCAAACACGGAGAAGUAAUAGCUCCUUAUAAAUUGUAGAAAGUACUUUGCUGCAGUUCCAAAGCCUGCAAUAAAAAAAAUUAUGACUUACAACUAAAGACUGUUACUAAAAAGACCUAACUUAUAUGCCAUCAGUACAGACAGUGAGAUUAUUGCCAAGAGGCUGAUGAAAGUCCAUCACGAUGGAUACCAAUUUUUUGCUCAUGCAAAAUGCUCUCAAAAGUAUUUCUGGAAAGGUAACAUUAUAAUGGGUAAUUGGCUUUAUGGAUUAACCCAUACAAUUGUUGCAUAUUGCUUUCCAUCAUAGUAGGAGUACUUACUGUAUGUGACUGAUGCAACUGCAGCUAGCUGCUGGUACAUUUCUUGGAUUGAAGUCAAACAUAUUUUUAGAAAAGUAAUUAAAAUGUAAUAUAUACAUAUAUUAUAAGAUGGGUGGAUUGCAGUUCUCUACUCACCCCCCAAAAUGUUAUGCUCCUAUGCUGAAGAAUAGUACCGAAUGCCUACUAGGAAA